AUGGUAACAGAGAAGCAGACUAUCUCCUUCAUCGGCUGCGGCUCCAUGGGCUCUGCUCUGCUCCGCGGGCUCCUCGAUUCUUGCGCGUCACCUAAUCCAGAAGUCCCAAAGCCAGACGAAUUUCAUUUCAUCGCAUGUACAAAGACGUCGAGAUCGGCCGGUAUGCUUUCCGAGUCACUGGGAGAGGACGCCAGCCGAGUCAAAAUCACUCACGGCGAGCCGGUGAAAGCUGCUGAAGCGGGAGGCAUCGUCAUCCUCGGCUUCAAACCAUACAUGGCUGCCGGUGUAUUCGACACUCCGGGCUUCCUGGAUGCGCUCGAGGGAAAGCUGGUAGUCAGCAUGCUUGCAGGGCUGACAGUAGAAGAGCUCAAUCAGCUGGCAUCGUCUAAUGGUGUUGGAAUGAAGAGCAAGAGGUGCAUACACUUCACCCGUGCCCUCCCCACCGUCGCGUGUCGCUAUCGGCAGUCGAUGACUGUGCUGGAAAUUCCCGACAACCUGCCAGAUCAGGAAACACACGUUUUGAAAUCUAUUUUCUCGCGCGUUGGAAAGUUGAGGAUCCUGCCGCCUGACUUGAUGAAUGUUGGUUCCAUGCUAGUCACGGCCUGCCUCGCCACUAUCUCGGUACCUCUGGAUGGCCUCCUGGAUGGUGCUGUUGCUGAGGGGCUCAAGAGGUCUGAAGCCAGAUAUUUGGUGGUCCAAGGAUUACAAGGUCUGGUGUCGGUGCUGGAGAACGGAGAACAGACUGCUUUGAUGAGGGAAGCAAUCUCUUCACCAAGAGGAGGAACCAUUCAGUCGUUGAUUACGGUAGAGAAAGCUGGGACGAGAGGAACGUUUGCGGAAGCGGUGAUCAACGGGUCUCGCCAGUUCAGCAAGCCUAGGUGA